AUGAAUCUGAUAUUUAUUAGAGUAUACUAUUGCCAAAUCAGCUAUAAAUCACUAAAUCUUGUGUAAACUCUAUAAAUCGAUAAAUAGCUAUAAAUUUACUAUAUCCGCAAAAUAGAUAGAACUAAUUACUAUUCUGGUUUAAACCCUAUAGUGGUGCAGGCGCUAAACAAUCUGCAAUAUAGGUAUAGCGGUGAAACACCAGAAAUGUGGUGUUCUCGUGUUCGUUAUCCUUUUAAGAAACUUCUUGAAUAUAACCCAAAAUACUUCUCCAAGAAUGCUUUUAUCCAAAUGACUGAAAGAUCAUAUAAGGAUGGGAGAUUUAGAGUCGGAGAGCGCUCAGUUUAUAUUUAUUGCACUAUAUGCGACUCCUUAGUAACUAUUCGUGAAAAUACAAUUGAAUAUGCGAAUAAUCAUCUGAAUGAAUGCAUUACUAAAUCCACUAAAAAGCAUCUUGCAUAUUCUAAUCCUAUUCAGAAAAAAGGAGGAAGAAUAGCAUUAGAAUUAAGUAAAGAUGAAAUUUAUGAGAUUUGUGGUAAAUUUACUGAUUUUACUAGUCGGGGUUUUAGAAUUAGAUGUGAUGCAGACUAUGAAUUGUGGAAAAAGACUGCAUAUCAUAUAUUUAAUAAUGCAAAAAUUAUCCAACGGGCUUGGAGAGCUUUCAAGUUGAGACCUGAAACUUGGGCAAAACGAGUUUGGAAUAUGGUGAGAAACGAUAAUACUCCUGACGAGAAGAAGUAUUUAGGUAUAACUCCUCGUGAUAUAAGAAUUCCUGAUGAUCAAUAUGUAGACUAUUUUGGUCAAAGAAUUCUAGCCAGAGAUGUACCUGCACAUCAUCAGAAUGAACCUCGUUUGCGUAGUUUGUAUUAUCAUUAUACUCCACAUGACUGGGCAGAAAAGAAGAAAUACCAGUUAUAUUUUAAUUCUCCUGAUGAUAUAGGCUAUUGUAAUGAUAGUGUUGAGGGUAGUGUUCCGAACGGGUCGGGUCGGGUCGGGUAA